UUAAUACGAAUAUCGAUCCCCUGAAGUGUCUGCCCGUUUGGCAGACUUGUACGUGUCCGUUGCGUGUUUUAUCUCAUAAAUAAGUUCUAAAUAAUACAUAAUAAAAAUAUAUUAAUUAACAAAAAUUAUUUAAAAAACGAAUGCAUAGCAGAUUUCAGAGGGUUUUGAAUUGAAAAAGGAAAGGAGGAGGUCAGCUUGCGCCCCAUAUAAAGAAAUGUCAUAAAAUAUAUGGAAGCAGGGAAGGAAACAACAUACUAUAUACGCAGAAAAAUUGCCAAACGAACGCAUAUAGUAUUUUCAAAUACACUUUACGAAAUACAAAAUCGAGUAACGACAAAAUAAAAUUUUUCCAACUUCAAACAACGAUUAUACGAUUUUAUAAAAAUAAAAGCACGAAUUGAAAACUAACUCAGCAAAAGGAAGUCAAUUGUGAAACAAGGUUAUAUAAUUAAAUAAAAAAUGCAAAUACAUGUAUGAAUGUAUUAUUUAGGAAAUAUAAACAACGUUGACAAAUUACCUACAAUAUAUUGCUACUUACCAAAAGCUAACGUGACUAUUAAUGAUUAACGCAUAGAGAAAGUUUAGAUUUAAAAUAAUUUUAUUUUAGCAUCUCUAGCUCAUGGCUCAACAGGGUUAAGUGCAUUAAUAUCUAAUAUAAAUACUUUUACCCCGAUUCUGACUAGUUAAUACGUUAUUAUGUGUACGCCGAUAAUUUCGAACAACGCAAUCAAGCAUAAUAUUGAAAAGUUAAAAAUCGAAACCGAAUUAUCAACGACAAGAAAAGCAAAAGCAGUCCUUAUACACAGUGACGACUUUCGAUGCCACUACGAACAAAGACUGCUCAAUGCGCUCAAGAAACUUAUUUUCAACCAAAUUAAACCACCAGAAAUAUAUAUGGUCGUUUGACGAAAAACCAAACAUAAGCCAACGAAUUUACAAAGAACGAAGAAAGUGCACAACGUGUAAAACGUGUAUAACGAGCAACAUUAAAUAGAAAUUCAUCAUAGAAAUGUAUGGGAUUUGUGGUUUAAAAGUGCCGGUAUAAACUAUUACGAAAACAUUUGAACAUGAAAAGUAGUACCGAAAAAUAUCGUUACUCGACCAAUUUAUGAUCCUGUACGAAACUGUUUUAGAAUACGUAUACGCUAUAUACAUAUAUUUAUCGAACAUACGAAACUCAAACUAAAAGUGGAAAAAUUCGAACUCGACGAAUGAAUACUAAAUAUAGUAUAAUUUAAGAUAAACUAAAAAAGAGUACUUCUAUUAUAAAGGUUCAAAAGUAACAUAAAUAAAAUUACUUGAAAAGAGAGAUCAUUAACCAUAUAUUUGCUGUUUUACAUUGCAUACUUUAUAGUCGUAAAAAAGACUUAAAAUUAGUCAUAAGAAGCUAUUAUAUUAAUAUUAUAAAUUUAAAUAUUUCACACCGCAAGGGUAUAGUGUAAUGGUUUAUUAUAUUUAAGAAUAUAAGCACCCUUUAUUUGUGGAUGCAAAAUAUUUUAACAUUUAAAUGGGAUAAUCAUGAAAUCACAUUAUUACAUAUUAUUAUCACAUAUUUAUGCCACCCUCUAUAUAAUAUAAUUAAAAUAAAAUAAUAAAAGGCAAUUUAUAACUCUUAAGUAGAGUAAUAAGUUUUAAAUAAAACUUCUACAAAAUUUCCUCAUCGAAAGGUGCAAGAUAAAACUUAUUUAUGAGGCAAUAUAAUUAUCAGCCGUACUCAACUGGUACUAAUGCGCAACGGCAAUCAGUGUAUCAAAAUGUACACAACAACUCGGUGCAUCCAUUACAUCAGCAGCGUUCGCAUAUUUUCUGCUUCGGACAACAGCAACCAGAACGCCAACAACAGCAAAAGCAACAGCGGCAGCAAAAAUUAGACGAUUUUCCGGAUCCUCAGCAAUUGCCAAUGCCAACAAUGUCACCACUGCAGCAAUUUUCCUCAUAUUCUUGGUACCAGCAAUCGGCAACGCAACAACAUCAUCAACAAACAGCACCUCUACAACAUCGGAAACAUACUCAUUUACAGCAGCAACAAGACUUGGCUAGAACCCCUUAUGCAACGAAUUCUGCCGCUCCGCAACAACACCAUCACAACACAGCUGACAUAGCAAUGAAUGCUAACACAAACAGCAAUGCAACAAUUUCAAUAACGUCAUCACACCAAUGCACGCAUGCUACAGAUUACCUAUCGCAUGUAGAGAAUAACCUAAACAAUAACCAUGGUUUUUACCAUAAAAGUAAUAUGUUAAAUAAGAUAAGUAACACCAAUCAACUUCAGCAGGACCAGUUACAGUCAUCACAAACACCAAUUGCUAAUAAUCGACGUGCACAGUUGCAACAACAACAUCCUCACCAUCACACUGAGCAACAACAGCAGCAGCAGCAAAGGCACUUAACUCAUCAACAAUGCACGCAAUGCUUGCAGCCCCAACAACAGUUUCAAUUACAAUAUGAACCACAACAACAACGAGUACGUCAAAGUGGUGAUAAUUCUAGUAAUGAUAAUAAUGCGCCAAAUAAUCAGCAAUCGCUAGAAAGAAUUGUGAUUGAAAAACCGCAACGGCAACUACUUCAAAUACCUGAGGCAGUUACUAACAAUUGUUCCUCCUUUCCGGUGAAUUCGCCCUCAGCGCGCGGUAAUAGUAACGAAUGUAAUAUCAAUGAUGUGGAUAAGAAUAUCGACUCCCUCAACACGGCUGCCGAAUGUCGAUUCUCGAUGGAUGCUUAUGAAAUCGCAAAUUUUCUAGCUAAUGAGCUUUUUAUGCAGCAGCUCGUAUCAGUAGAUGGCAUUCAAAGUGGUGUACCCACGUUAACCACAUCUACAUUAACGCCGACGACAUUACGCAGCAUCGAAGAAACAUUCAUACAGUUGACAGCAGAUCACUCAAAUCCGCCCUGUCAGGCAGGUUUUAUACCACCACCUGUUACUUCCAUUCAAAAUUCCACUAGCCCUAUAUUCAGCGGUGCUAUACAAAAUUACAAUGAGAUUGAUAUGGAUGAUUCACAAGCGUCCUGGAACUCACAACUUCAUGAUGAUAAUUCACAGGCGACAACAGAUAAUUCAAGCGCCUCAUUCCCUAAUGGACUCAAUGGCACCAGCAACGCUUCACUCGCUACCUCAACAACUUCGUCAAAAAAUGAUUUCACCAUGCUACAUAACGCCAUCGGAUCAGAUACUGGCAAACAUGCUGGAAAUCUUUUGCUCACAAAUUCUCCCAACAGCAGUAACGUGCAUACCUCGAGCAGUGCCACAAACACGACAAUUACAGCCACACCGACGCGUCGUAAUCAAGGUGGUCGCCGCCCUGCUAAACCGACUAAUAUGUCUCCCGAAGAGGAGGAAAAACGACGCAUACGCCGUGAACGUAACAAAUUGGCUGCAGCACGUUGUAGAAAGCGUCGGGUUGAUCAAACUAAUGAACUACAAACAGAAGUAGACCGGUUGGAAAAUAUACGGGAGUCAUUAACAAAAGAAAUUGAGAACCUUAAAGUUACCAAAAACCAAUUGGCUUUUAUUUUGGAAGCGCAUCGACCCACAUGCCAAAAGGUAAGGCAAGACUUAUUGAGCGUGCACACCUAUGAUGGAUUGAUCGCACCAACGAAUGGCAAUAGCAAUGACAGUAAUAGCAAUAUUAUUGGAGUAGAUACCACAUUGUCGUCUGUAGGGCGAAGUGGCUCACCUAUAGAUCUUAAACCUGUCAUUUUGGAUAUGGUGUCUCACAUUAAGAAUGAACCUCUAGACAAUACGCUGGACUCGAAUUCAUCACUAGGCCAUGAUGGACCUCCAUCACCCAAGCGCAUGCUACUAUCUGAUAACAAUCCGAUGGUGCAACCACCAUUGCCGAAUGUUUCGACAUUAUCUGCUUCAUUGGCUGCGGCAUCCGCAUCUUUAAACACACCAAUUGUGACGGCGGCACCGGUUAGCUUUGCUAGCCUUGUUUCCGGCAACAGUAUUUCCAACAAUAAUAAUAAUAACAUAGUAAAUAGUAUUGCAAUUAGUAACGCUAUUACAGGCACAUUGAGUGCCCCACAUAGGCCAAUACUGAGUGGUAGUAAACAGCGCCCUAACUCCCUACCUACAAAUUUACGUAACCAAGCACAAAAUCUCGCUUUAAAUACAGAACGUCCUCCAACUGACAUCAAUGGUGUUGCCAUACAAACCCCCUCGACAGGCAUGUUCAACUUCGACUCUUUGAUGGAUGGUGGCACUGGAUUGACUCCUGUUUCAGGUCCACUGGUACCAAAUUGCUCCACUCAAAACAAACAUCCAUUAGAAAUUCAAACACCUACAAGCGAGCCAUCGAAAUUGGUUAGCUUAUAACAAUAGAAAUGGCAAUUGUUAUGAAACAGAACAAGAGUCUGGUACAAAAGACGACGGAUAGAUGAGGUUAGAAGUAAGAAUGGAAUAGUUAAGAUACACCAGUCAAAUACAAAAUUUCAAUGAGUAUUGUGGUAUUGUAUUAGUGAGACCUAAAAAUUCUUGCAGCCUUAAACAGACAAAAACAAAGACACGAAAAAUCCUUAUAAUAAUAAUAUUUAUACAAGCAUUAAAAUAUUUACUUACGUAUUUAUGUAUUGAAUAAAUGCAGUGCAUGCGCAUGUUACGGAUGCCAUAAAGAAGAUUAAUGUACAUAUGUAUUCUCUAUAUACAUAUGGAUGUAUGUAUGUAAAUAUAUUAUUUUUGAUGUAAAAAGAUUUUUCAUUAAAAUUCAAUUGCUUUGUAUUGUAUAACUUGGGUCGCAACAUAUAAUUGUGUAAUUUUUUUAGAUUAUUCUUUUUUUAUUCAAUUUUUUAUUAUUUGUUAAUUUUACAAAAAUAAACAUAAAAGUGCUUUAGAGUAAUUUUUAAAGUUAAUUAAAAAAAAUCGACCGUCGUGCAUAAUAUGAAGUAAGGAAUGAAAAUUGAAUUAGAAAGAAACAAAUAAAUAUUUAUUGUAUUAUUAUAUUAUAAAACUAACUAAAAAAUUAAUUGUUUUUUUUCACGUUAUGAAGAUUUUCAUUGUUUAUGAUUAUUUCUUGAAUCUAUCGCUUAUUAAGUUUUCUUUUAACGAACCGAAAUCAAGAGUUUUGAUUACAAUACAAUAUGGUUAAAUGUAAAAUAAUGUUGCUUUGAAUUUCAUCUAGAAAUUUUUUUUUUCACAAUUUUACAAUUUAUUUUUUUUUUUUAUAAAUAUGUAUGAUACUUAACUAAAGGAAUUGUUUUCAACAACAUUGAGAAUGCGUUGUGAUAUUAAAAAAAAAUAAAUAAAUAAAUAAUAUGUAUUUAUAUAUGUAUGUACAUGGAAAGCAAUUUAUAAAAUCUAAUGCAUUAAUUUAAUAUAAUAAAAUUUGAUGUAAUUUUAACAAAUCUAAACAUUGUGAAACAAUUAUGUAUUGUCAGGUUAACUAAAUUUGUGAACAAAUCAAAUUAAUCUUAGAAAUAACAAUUGAAAUUGCCUUUAUGUGUAACAAAACAAAUUAAAAACUAAAUAUCUUUCUACAGUGAUAUGCAUAUUUAUAUGUAAAUAUACAUACAUAUGUGUUUAUAUACGUAUGUGUAUAAGCUUCUUUGGUACCAACAAAAUUUCUAAACCAUAAAUACAAAAAAUAUAUUAGUAAUAUUAUGUAAUACUGUGUAUUCUAUUACAUAGCAAAUAAAAAAUAAAAAAUAUGUAAACAUUUAUUUAAUUGUUUUUGAGUCUGCUAAGCAUUUGCUGCAGGUUGCCAAGUCCUCCUUCCACAAAAACUCCUGAUUUGAUUGUAGUUUGAAACAGUUGCCCUUACUAUGUUUGCAUAACUAGCAUAUACAUACUAUACAUGCAAGAAAAAAAGCUUUUAAGUGUUUAACACUCACUUUUUACAUUUUGGUUGUCCUACACAACUAAAAGCAAUAUUUAUAUUUUUAUAAUAGUGAAUAAGAGAAAAAAUGCAGAAACAUAAAGGAAAGCUUAUAGCUAAAAAGGAAAUUUUUAAUAAUUCUUUACGCUUCAUACAUAUGUAUAUGAUUUUCGCUUUAGAUGCCAUGCUAUUUGAUUUGACACAUUUCUAAAAAAUUUUUGUGGAAUUAGAGGACAACGCUUAAGGUAAAGGCAGACAAAAAAUCAAAAAUAUACAUAUUAGAUAAAUAUUUAAAUAGCUGAAACAUAAUUUUACAAUAAAUAAACUGUAAGACCGACACCAAAUUAAAAGAAACUUACAAAAGUAAACAAAUAAAUGAAGCAAAAAACUAUAA